GGUUUAAGGCUAACCGAUAACUGUAAAACUGUAACAACCUGGUCAGAAAUUAAAAAUGCAUGGGCAGGGUUUAUCAACCCUAGGAAUUAUUUUGCGUGUGUCUCCUCAGGACCUCCUGGUCCUCCAGGGACAGAUGGGCUGCCAGGACAUCCAGGUGCACCAGGAGAGAAAGGCCUCAAAGGGGACAGUGGUGUUGCUGGCCCUUUAGGACCAAAGGGUGAAAUGGGACUCAAAGGACAACCUGGAGAGCCAGGAGUUGCUGGUCAAAUGGGUCCCAGGGGUCCACCUGGGCUCCCAGGAGCCCCAGGGAAUCAAGGACCAGGAGCCAAGGGAGAGAAAGGAGAACCCGGGCCCCAAGGCCCUCAUGGAGACAGAGGUGACAUGGGGAACCCUGGCCGACAAGGAUCUCCUGGUAUUUCUGGGCUCAAAGGAGAAAAAGGAGACAUUGGACCUAAUGGUCCACCUGGACCUUCAGGUGCAAGAGGACCUACUGGUUUCAGUGGAACUCAAGGUAUUACUGGACCACCAGGUGCCAAAGGAGACAAGGGAGACCAAGGAAACCCACCAGAGAUGAAUGUGCGUCUUGUGCCGGGGAAAUCCCGAGGACGAGUGGAGGUGAAGUACAACGGGGUGUGGGGCACCUUGUGUGAUGACAGCUUUGACACUGUGGAUGGCAAGGUGAUCUGUAAGAUGCUGGGCUUCCAAUCCGCCAUUUCCACCUUCACUGCCACCCCGGGGUCUGGUAUGAUCUGGCUGGAUGAACUACGGUGCUUCGGAACAGAGUCUGAUAUCUUUAACUGCCCACACAGUGGAGUUGGUGUUAAUAACUGCCAACACAACGAGGACGCCGGAGUGCAGUGCAUCUAGACUGGCACCAUAUCGAAGACAAACAAGAAACAUGUUUUUUUUAUGCACACUUAGGUUUGAUUAACAUGCAGUAAUAAGUUGAGUGGCAGGCAUUGUGCAGACACACACAUACAUAAAGCAUAUAUACCCUAAAGAGAGAGAGAGAGAAAUUGAAUUUUCAAAAAAUCUGUUGUUAAAAUCUUAAAAAACAUACAACACUAUAAAAUCAAUUUGUCACCAUGUACAACAUUAUUUUGUAUAUAAAUAAAUAACACCAAUUUAAAAUGCUUUAGCACCAGGAUCAGUCUCCAAGAAGAGUGCAAACUGCAGUUUCUCAUCAGCAACCACACAGAACACACUAUUGUAACACCUUAUUUGCUCAAAAGUUUCAAGAUCUUUCAUUGCUUUAUAAUAAUGAAAAUCAAUUAACAAAUCGAGACCUCACAAGAAUUGAAAAAAACAUUGCACUGUCAUCACUAGACAAUUGCUCAAUUUUAUUCUUACAACUAGCAUAAAUUGCCAUUUUUUCUUGUCCAAGUCAAAAUAAAACAAAAAAGUGAUUGUAAAACAGCAUUGAACAAAGAAACAAAAACAUUAACUGCAAUUGCUCCAUGCAGAAUUCUCCAUUGUAAAUCAUCAGUUUUUUAGAGUAACGGUGACUUGUACCGUGCUCGCCACUGUGAUCUUACAAUUUCCCCCAUAUGUAAUCUACCCUCUUGUCCAGAGACCCUAAAACUGUCUCCCAACAGUUGCAAUUCUUCUUUUGUCAACAACCCCUUCAAACUUAUUUUGGAUGUAUGUUAUUCCCCCAAAAAUCUCCAAGAUAUUUAAAACCACUCCUGGUCCAAUUUAAGCCAAGUGGAAGAUUUGGCUCUUCACUUGACCAUUUCCCACCACCACUUUGACCAGUUUACUUUUGCAGAGGAAACCAUUUUAAAAUCAUCAAACAUUUUUAAGAUAAUAUUUAUAAUUAACCUUGCUUCAACAUUAAACCUCAAUGCCAUUUAACAAACCAUUGACUUGGUCAACAUUUUUUAAACCUCCUGAUCAGCAAAGAUCUUGUUUUCAUAAUUAACUGAUCCACAUCAGGGAAAUAAUCUUCAAUCUUCAAUGGACAUUUCUAGCAUGUUUUGUCUCUUUCAAAUACAAUUUUAUAUCACCCACACUCUAUUCACGCCUGACAAAUCCACUUAGCAGUAAGUUGCAGGUUACAGUACAGUGCCUAUUACCUUGUUUAAUUAAAUAAUCUUUGUUAAGUUAGUAGUUCUCGCCACUUCAAUUUGAGAAGUUCUAUUACCAUGUUCUUAAGACUGUGUUGAAGAGAAGAAUCUAUAAAGAAAGUUAAUUUGCAGUGUUCUAAUCUUCCUCAAUACUCACUGAUGUUCCUUUAAUUUAUGUUAUGCUAAUGCCAUGCUUCAACACCUUUUUAUAUAUUUUCUUGUUAAAGAACAUGUAACAGAAAUAUUAUCAUGUGUUAAAUAAUUAAUUUCCCCAGCUCCGGAGCAAAUCUCAGUCUCCUCUCAUGGGAGCAGAGAGGACAAAAGAAGUAUUACAUGUAAUGCACACUCUGUAUUUUAUUGUGUAUAAUCUGAUGCCAUGUUCGUUCAACUUGCUUAUAUAUUCUCUAAGUAAGAAUGGUUAACUGCCAAUAUUAUCCAGGAAAUGUAGUUAACUUCCUGCCAUCCUGAAAUCCUGAAAAUAUGGUAACAUUCCAAUCACUACAACGAUUAAGUAAUUGUUUAAUUUCCUUUUUAUAACUAAGAACGGUAUAACUGUUUGUGACAUUUAAGGUUUGAUUGUGGGAAGGUAUUUGAUUAAAAUACGCGCAAAUAAAUUUUAAAAUAGACAUUAUAGUUAAGGGACAGCCUCUCUCAGGAGACCGGAAAUAAACCCUCAGGGGAAACACAGCCCCCUCCUGGGACACGCCUUAGGAAACUGCUCGCUCGCUUGUUCUCUGGUCUCUUAACUUUUGCUCUUCGCUCUGCACGCUUACGGAGCGUGGCCCAUCUCCUAGCAACGCCCUAAGGAGUCUGGCCCGGAAGUUAUUAUCAUAACUUGCAUUCAUUCGUUCCCUUGUUCUCUUACUAAAAUCCUUUUCCAAAUAACUCAGACCAACUAAAUUCACAUUGAACUCCACUGCAUUCUCAUUAUGUGCAUCCUGUUUGUUUAGCCAUUGUUUAUUUCUUUGAUGUAUAUUUAACCGCAUUUAUAUUAAUCUUUAGUUAGUUAAUAAA